CAAGUGUUUGUCCUGGGACAAAAAGGAAUGUCUUCUGGGCUUUUUCUGUUCUGGAAGCCCAGGCUCAAGGAAGAUUGUAAGUGUGAAGCCCAUCUGAAGGAAAGACAUUUGGAAGAAGUGAUGUGCCAGGUCCUGGGAGGAAAGACCACCGCUACCUGAAGUCCAUAUGAGCCUCUAGCAAACUCAGAGGCUUGUCUUAAGGGAAGCGGGUCCUAGAGUUUUACCGAGAGCACCACAGGUAGGAGCUGAAACUGGUACUCCUCCAACACAGACCUUCCAAGGGAGGAAGGAGGAUGGGGAGCCUGUAAAUGACCACCUCUGGGUCCCACAGAAGCAGCCAAGGUGUACUUGUGACUGGCUAAGAGGACCUUGGCUGACCCGUAAGAAUGAAGGUGCUCGACGGCUAGGCAAGCCCAGAGGGAACCCACUAUGCCUCCAUUUAUAAUCCUCUCCCAGUUCCUUUUUGCUGGUCAUAAAACCAUGCUCAUCAACCCCACCUAAAACAGAAGACAAGGACCCAGGCUUUUGGGGACUCAGGGGUGUGUGUACCUGCCUCCUGCUCGGCCCCUGAGACAGGAGAGGAGCCUCUGCAGAAAGACGCCAAGGAGGUUCCAGAAGUCUUGCUGGACAGGGAGCGCCUAGUGAGGCCAAAAGCCUUCCACCAGCAGGGCAGGAGGACACAGGGACAGGUCCACCAUGGGUCUGCCGAGGGGCCUGCUUGGAGCCCGCAACCUGCUGCUGGUCAUCCUGGUUCCUCUGCUGCUGCUGCCUCUGCCCAUCCUGCACCCCAGCAGUGAGGCCUCGUGUGCUUACGUGCUCAUCGUCACCGCCGUGUACUGGGUGUCCGAGGCCGUGCCUCUCGGAGCUGCAGCCCUGGUGCCCGCCUUCCUCUACCCGUUCUUCGGAGUCCUCCGGUCCAGCGAGGUGGCGGCCGAGUACUUCAAGAACACAACGCUGCUGCUGGUGGGCGUCAUCUGCGUGGCGGCCGCCGUGGAGAAGUGGAACCUGCACAAGCGCAUUGCUCUGCGCAUGGUCAUCAUGGCCGGGGCCAAGCCGGGCAUGCUGCUGCUCUGCUUCAUGUGCUGCACCACGCUACUGUCCAUGUGGCUGUCCAACACCUCCACCACCGCCAUGGUGAUGCCCAUCGUGGAGGCUGUGCUGCAGGAGCUGGCAGGCACUGAGGAGGAGCAGCUCGUGGCCGGGAGCGCCAGCGCCGAGGAAGCGGAGCCCAUCAGUCUGGAUGAAAACAACAGCCAGCCAUCUCUGGAACUCAUCUUUGUCAAUGAAGACACCUCCAAGGCCCACCUCACUUCACUGAUACAGAACAAGAACCUGAACGGUGUGCCCGCGAUUGCCAACCCCAUCCAAACAGCAAACCCCCAGGGCAAGAAGCAGCACUCUUCCCAGGAAAAGCCACUGGUCUCGACCUGCAACCCCAGGAACCAGGAACUCAGCAGAAAAUACAGAUCCCAGCACGACCAAAUGAUCUGCAAGUGCCUGUCCCUGAGCAUCUCCUAUGCUGCGACCAUCGGGGGCCUGACCACCAUCAUCGGCACCUCCACCAGCCUCAUCUUCCUGGAACACUUCAACAACCAGUAUCCGGCUGCGGAGGUGGUCAACUUUGGCACCUGGUUCCUCUUCAGCUUCCCCAUCUCCCUCAUCAUGCUGGUGGUCAGCUGGUUCUGGAUGCACUGGCUGUUCCUGGGCUGCAAUUUUAAAGAGACCUGCUCUCUGAGCAAGAAGAAGAAGACCAAAAGGGAAGAGCUGUCAGAGAAGAGAAUCCAAGAGGAGUAUGAGAAGCUGGGUGACAUAAGCUACCCUGAGAUGGUGACUGGGUUUUUCUUCAUCCUGAUGACGGUGCUGUGGUUCACGAGGGAACCUGGCUUUGUUCCAGGCUGGGAUUCCUUCUUUGAGAAGAAAGGCUACCGCACCGAUGCCACAGUCUCCGUCUUCCUUGGCUUCCUGCUUUUCCUGAUUCCAGCCAAGAAGCCAUGCUUCAGAAGGAAGGAUGACGGGGAGCCCAGGGAUUCCUUGCUGGGGACGGAGCCCAUCAUCACCUGGAAGGACUUCCAGAAGACCAUGCCCUGGGAGAUCGUCAUACUGGUGGGAGGGGGCUACGCCCUGGCCUCAGGCAGCAAGAGCUCUGGCCUCUCCACAUGGAUUGGGCACCAGAUGCUGUCCCUGAGCAGCCUCCCUCCAUGGGCGGUCACCCUGCUGGCAUGCAUCCUGGUGUCCAUCGUCACCGAGUUUGUGAGCAACCCGGCCACCAUUACCAUCUUCCUGCCCAUCCUGUGCAGCCUGUCGGAGACGCUCCGCAUUAACCCGCUGUACACCCUGAUUCCCGUCACCAUGUGCAUCUCCUUUGCAGUGAUGCUGCCCGUGGGCAACCCCCCCAACGCCAUCGUCUUCAGCUACGGGCACUGCCAGAUCAAAGACAUGGUGAAAGCUGGCCUGGGAGUCAAUGUCAUUGGCCUGGUGAUAGUGAUGGUGGCCAUCAACACCUGGGGAGUUAGCCUCUUCCACCUGGACACUUUUCCAGCCUGGGCUAAGGUCAGUAAUGUCACUGACCAGGCCUGACAGGAGCAGGCAGCCUUGCCCAGCCAAAGAGCUGCCAGCACCC